AUGCACGACCCCAAUUCAUCCAAACACGUCCUUCAGGAAAUGCAUAAUGGCAGAGCCGAUGCAGACAGCGACCUAUAUCAACCCAAGACCGCGACCAGGCAUACCAGAUUCGUUUCCUUUAGCAAUAAAUCACUGAAACCCUCUCACUCACAAUGGGCCUCUUCUCGCAUCACCAUCAUCACUCUGAUCACCACCAGCCCCAAGGGCCCCCUCCUCCUGGGCCUCAAGGAGGCCCUCCCAAUCCACAAGGCUGGGGGCAACCGGGCCAACCUGGUCCAGGCGGUCCCGGAGGUCCUUGGGGUAAUAGCCCAGGUCCCCAGGGGCCUCCUGGACACCACGGCCCUCCUGGACACCACGGCCCUCCUGGACACCACGGCCCUCCUGGACACCACGGCCCCCCUGGCCAUCAUGGACCUCCCGGCUCUUUCGGUCACCCUGGUUCUCACGGCCCUGGUCCUCACGGUGGCCCUCACGGUGGCCCUCCUGGUGGUCCUCCGGGUGGUCCUUACGGCGGUCCCCCUGGAGACCCCCCUGGAGGCCCGCAUGGCGGUCAUGGUCACCAUGGACCUCCCGGCGGACACCAUGGUGGAUGGUAAAUCUGGAGGAAACGUGUCAUACAGCGCUACUACGCUAAGGGUUGGAUAGAGAGGGGACGUUUGUACAUGUACAUAUUGCUUAUGCUGCC